AUGUCUUUACUUGUUUCUACCGAAAUUGAUUAUCUCGAUGCGCAUGGCAAUAGCGAUGUGGUUCCAGUAUACAAGAAGCUCUUAAGUGAAGUUCAAGAUAAACGUGAUCCUACAACAGGCAAACUUUUGCACCCCUGGAAGUUUGAAGUAGUUCCGGGAUUCUUCAAGCAAUCAGAUGUUGCCACAAAUGAUUUAAAGUUCAACUAUGCCACCGAAGAUUUUGGAAGAACUUCGUCCUGGGCGGAAUUGAUCUCGAAGUUGGAUGGUUUGAAUCGUGAAGCUGGUCCAGACGAAUCUUACAAGUUGUUGUUUCUUGCAAGACACGGUCAAGGGUUCCAUAAUCAAAUCGUUGAAAAAUACGGAAUUGAUGCUUGGAAUGAAAAAUGGUACGGGUUAACGACAGAUGGUGAGGUGACUUAUGCACCAGAUCCAAUGUUGACUGAGUUGGGGAUCAACCAGGCCAAGGAAAACAAUGCUGCAUGGAAGGAGCAAGUAGCACAAGGUUGCCCUAUACCUAGUAAGUUCUAUGUGUCGCCAUUGCAAAGAUCAUGUCAUACUUUGGUCCACACCUGGAAUGGGAUCAAGUCCCAGGAUGUGCAACCUUUAGUGAUCGAGUCUGUCAGAGAAACUAUCGGUCGCAACCUUUGCGAUAAGAGAUCGACUAGAACUGUGAUAAAGGAAAGAUUUGGAAAGGAAAACUUUAUUAUAGACGAAUCGGUCACGGAAAAUGACGAGUUAUUCAGGGAUGAUUGGAGAGAAAGCAUCUCUGAACAAGGUAUCAGAUGCAAUGGCUUCUUACAGUACCUCUUCGACAAAGAGUGGGAAUCUAGUGCCGUAGACAAGACCAAAGCGAUAAAAGAUUCAGUGAUUAACGUCACCUCCCAUGCGGGAACUAUUAGAGCAUUUUUGACAGUAAUAGCCCAUAGAGAGUUUGCUAUUUCCACUGGUGGUAUGAUCCCAGUGGUUGUUAAAGGAACUAGAAAGAUAGAUUGA